CAUCCAUAUACCCCUCAUACAUCCUCUCUCUCUCUCUCUCUCUUUUGGAGCUUCUCUAUGGCCGUUCUUGUAGCGAGGCAGGGCCGGGAGCUGCAGCGGUACAGCCCGCGCACCGGCGGCCGCAUUGUAGUGGGGUGCAUCCCGUACGUGGUCCGCGACGACGGCGAGCUGGAGGUGCUGGUGAUCAGCUCGCAGAAGGGGCACGGCAUGAUGUUCCCCAAGGGCGGGUGGGAGGUGGACGAGUCCAUGGACGACGCGGCUCGGCGCGAGGCCCUGGAGGAGGCCGGCGUCCGCGGCGAGACUGGCGGCGUGCUGGGCCUCUGGCACUACCAGAGCCGCCGCUACCAGAAGACCUACGAGGGGUACAUGUUCCCGCUUCGCGUCACCGACGAGCUGCAACAGUGGCCCGAGAUGGCGUCCCGUAAGCGCACCUGGGCAACGGUGCAGCAGGUCAUGGAUGGAUGCCAGCACGCGUGGAUGCGGGAGGCGCUCCAGCAGCUUGUCGACCGGCACGCCAAGCUGCAGUCUGCUCUGUGAUUAACAAACCCAGCAAGCACGGCGCCGUCGUCGCCAUCCCUCUUUCUUAAUUCCUCGGUGCAGCGGCAGGUCGGCCGGCGUUUCCGGUCUCGUAAGAAGACCGGGUCGGAGCGUACAAUUGGCCGCCCUCACCGGAGAUCUGAUUGAGGUCGAUUCACGUGCGAAGCUGGCGACUCUUUCAGUCUUUCUUCAGGGUGCACAGUCGUCGCAGUCGUGGUCGCGGCAAAUAAUGUGGACGAAAAUGUUACGGCGUAUUUCUAACGAAUGCUGCAUAGAAGUUUUUCUUUUGCUCUGGGAAGAGCAAACAUAAAGUGUAAAUUAGUUGCAGAAACCUUUCUUGGUCGUACGAUUGAUCAAUCAAUAUUAGACUACCGAAAUUGCUCUCGA